GUACAUUAAAUAUAUAACUUUAAAGUGUUUCUACAAAUAAGAAUAUUACUAAAUAAAUAUAAGUGCAAGUGCUAACGAUAACGAUAGAUCACAUUUUAUAUUAACAAAAAAAAAAAAACAAGAGUUCGGCAACAGUUUCACACUGUUUUUUAGAUUUACAUGCGAAUUUAACAGCAAAUAAAACAAUAUUAAGUGCAAGGAAUAGUGCAAAGAACAUAACACAUUAAAAAUCACAUGUUUGCCGUAAAAUACAAGAAGAAAAUCCAAAAAAUAUAAUAAAUAGCAAAGAAGGAAUUGCGAGGCUGCUUUUGUUGUUGUUUUCGUGUGCGCUGCUGCGUGCGUCUCUGUCGCGCGUGUGUAUAUGUGUGUGUGCUGCAUUUUGUUAUUGUGUUUUGGCUAGUGCAAGUGGAAAGUUCAAGCGUACGUGCAUAAACAAUAUUAAACAAAACACACACACACGCGCUUUGUGUGUGUGUGUGCGCUUAAGUACAUGUAUAUGUAUGCGUGCACGCGUGUGUAGCGGAAAGGAAGGAAAAUCGAAUUUUAGUAACAAAAAAAAUCUAAAAACAAGCAAGCACAGCACACAAGCAAGCGAGAAGAAGAAGGCGCAGCAGUAGCAGCAGCAGCAUGUCCACCACCAUCGAAUUCGAAACAAUUGGCAGCCGACUGCAAUCGCUUGAGGUUGCCUUGCAAGCCCAAAACGAGUCACAUGAACAAAUUGUCUUAUCAAAUGCAACGCCAAAAGCCGCCGCCGCUGUCGUGAAUGCCGUUAAUGCUGUUAAUGCCAACUCACCCUCACCCACAAGACCAAAUGCUGUCGGUGUCGGCAACAUCAACGUAGGAACAGCGCUGCCACCGGCGCUACCAUCAGGUGUAUUUGCACAGCCGCCCAGGAGCAUGCGUCCAACACCCAACUUGCCCAUAUCUGAGGUUGGCACAGUGCGAAACCGUCACAUGGUGCUGCAACUGACAAAACAUGCGCAUCCCUCGGAAACGGAAACAGAUAAGAAACUCAAGAUGAUAAUGGGCCAAACGGGUAAACUGAACAUCAAUGGUCGUCAGUAUCCGACGGAUAUCAAUGAUUUGCGGCACUUGGGCGAUCUGGGCAAUGGCACCAGUGGCAACGUGGUCAAGAUGUUGCAUCUAUCCAGCAAUACAAUCAUUGCCGUCAAGCAAAUGCGACGCACCGGCAAUGCGGAGGAGAAUAAACGGAUACUUAUGGACUUGGAUGUGGUGCUCAAGUCGCAUGACUGCAAAUAUAUUGUCAAGUGUCUUGGCUGCUUUGUGCGUGAUCCGGAUGUUUGGAUAUGCAUGGAGCUGAUGUCCAUGUGCUUCGAUAAGCUGCUGAAGCUUACCAAGAAACCAGUGCCAGAGCCAAUUCUAGGCAAAGUUACAGUGGCGACUGUAAAUGCCCUGGCGUAUCUAAAGGACAAACACGGCGUCAUACAUCGCGAUGUGAAGCCUUCAAAUAUAUUGAUUGAUGAGCGCGGCAACAUAAAGCUCUGCGAUUUUGGCAUCAGUGGUCGUCUGGUGGACUCCAAGGCGAACACACGCUCCGCUGGCUGUGCCGCAUACAUGGCCCCCGAGCGCAUUGAUCCGAAGAAACCAAAGUAUGACAUACGCGCCGAUGUCUGGUCGUUGGGCAUUACUCUUGUGGAGCUUGCAACGGCGCGCUCACCCUACGAGGGCUGCAACACGGACUUCGAGGUGCUAACCAAGGUGCUCGACUCGGAGCCGCCAUGUCUGCCACGCGGCGAAGGUUUCAACUUUAGCCAACAGUUUCAUGACUUUGUAAUCAAGUGCCUCACCAAAAACCAUCAGGAUCGACCCAAGUAUCCGGAGUUGCUGGCGCAGCCGUUUAUUAAAAUCUAUGAGCUCGCCGAUGUGGAUGUGCCCAGUUGGUUUCAAAUGGUUAUGGACAGUGCUGCGGGACGAAGAAUGCGCGCCAAUGGUGAUUCCACGCUCACCCGAACAAAUGCAGCAAAGUUUGGCAGAACAACAACAACAACAACAGCGCGCAGUCCAACAACAGCAGCAACACCAACAGCAGCAGCAGCAGCAACAAAGACAAUAAGACCUACGCAAAUACCAAGUUAUCAACAGCAGCAGCCACCACAGUCGCCGGCGUCGCAGUAUUUCAUGCAAUCAGCCAUACAACUACCUCAACAGCAACAAGCAACAGCAAUACAUACGACGACAACAGCAGCAGCAGCAACAAUAAGCACUGCUGCUGCCACAGUGGAAACAACAACAACAACAAAUGUUAGUUAUUUAAGCAGCGGCGGCAGCAGCAGCAACAGCGCCAGUCCGCUCUCCCCGCCCGCUGCCAUUAUAAGCAACGAUAUUGGCAAACUCUAUCGCAAGUCGCCCUUUAUGCAACGCAAACUUAGCAAUGGCUCCCAAUACAACAAUAAAUACAAUGACGAGAGCCCCAAGCGCGAGUCCGUGCUGAGCAGCAUAGGUCAAUCAAUUUUACGCAACUUGACCACAUCGCCUUUUAGUCAAAAGAAACAUCAUGCCAUGGUAACGGCAACAACACCAACAACAACAACCACAACACUGCCGCAAUAUAAAAGCAAACUCGCCACGCCCACAGAGCAUAUCACGCCCAGCUGGCGGCUACCAGCAACAACAACAACAGCAGCAGCAGCAGCAGCAACACCAGAGCAUAGCUUAAUGCCCUUCGUCGAUACCUGUGAUAGUAAUAAUAGCAAUGUAAAUGCAUUGAGCUUACCCAAGCAGCUCAUAGCAGACAACGCGCUGCUGCAAUUAAACAAUCAGCAACAGCAGCAGCAACAGCAGCAACGCUUGCAACCAGGCAAUCAAAGCCCCAUAGUGCUGCAACGUUUCUAUCAUCAACAAAAUCAGCUGCGCGAAAAGGAAGCUGCCGAGCGACAGCAGCAGCAGCAGCAGCAACAUCACUACCAGCAGCAGCAGCAGCAGCAGCAACAUUAUAAUUAUCAAGCACAGCUGCCGCGUUCGCCAGCAGCCACCAGCACAAAUCCAUUUCACAGCAAUUAUGUGGCGCCAAGUUCUUCACACUCCACCUCUAGUCAAUCCUCUACACAAUCAAAUUGCUCACAAAUUGCAACAGCAGCAGCAGCAACAAAUGUUUGUACUGCUGCUCCUGCUGCUGCUGCUGGACACUUUGGCAUUGGCAAUGCAGCACAACUGCAAUAUCAGCCAUUGCCAACAGCAACAACAGCUGCGACAACAAGCCCAACAGCAGCAGCAGUGACAAACAGCAAUCAUUUGCCCAAAUCACCAGAGCAACAAUUGCCAGCAUAUUUGGUUGGCAGCAAGUUGAGUAAAUUAUAUGCGCGUCGUCAGCUGCUGGGACAAAGUGCAAGCAACAGCAAUGAGCAACAUCAGAGUGUGUAUGCCAGCAAUGCUGCAGAUUCAGGCUGGUUCAAUACACUCGCUGGCGCCAUGAAGCGUCAGUUUGCGACCUAUGUUAAAACCCAAUUGAAUUCCACAGCAACGUCGCCCACAACAGCAACAACAACAACCAGCAGCAGCCUGGGCCAAGAGCUGGAGCCGGCGCUGGCGCCGCAGCCGCCGCCCUAUCGCAGCGUCAUUAGCAAUGGCAGCAGCAGCGCUGGCGGCGGCAAAUCUUAUUAUUAUCAUCGCACGCUCUCCGCAGCGAGCAGCAGCAGCAGUCACAAUACCAGCCAAAGCACCUCGCCCACCACAGAGCCCUUAACUGGGCCAGGUCCUGGUCUGACUGGCGGCGGCGGCGGCGGCGGCACCAGCGGCUUUCUGCGUCGCUAUGCCAGCAGCGGCGGCAGCCUUGGCUUGCAUACAAGUGGCAGCAUUAGCACGCCACCAUCGCCGCAUCUGCUCGCUGGUGUGGACAGACGGCAUCGCAGUCCGGAUCCGCCGCCACGCUAUAAUCGCGGGCAAUCGCCGCUGCUGCUGCGCAAGAAUCUGCUCGAGCUUAGCGGACAGCCGCCCGGUUCGCCGCUGCUGCAGCGACGCUAUGUCUCUGCUUCGCCGCCAUUGCCGCCACCACGACGCGGCUCCGAGAGCGUGCCCGGAUCGCCGCAACAUUUCCGCACGCGCAUUCAUUAUACUCCAGAGCCUCAGCGACGUAUUUAUCGCACUAUAGAUCAAUGAGUAGCGCUGCAAAUAAUGGUCAUGUGAUGUUGGUAUGGCUUCGAUAGGGAUGCCGAUGAUGAUGAUGACGACGACGACGAACUUGCAGCAACAACCUCGCGAGGACCAACAACAAGAACAAGUUUAAGUGCCGCUGCAACUCCCACAUCAACAUCAGCAACAGCAGCAGCAGCAACACCAACAACAGCUGCAUUAGCCUUAGCCACACACAGACAUUCAAUGGAUUUGUGAUUUAACAACAACAACAACAAACAGCAAACGAAAGUGUUCAAAAGUCUUAUAACAUUUAAGUCUAGGUCGUAGCAAAGCAUGUUGCGUCUUCUAAUGUUAGUUACUUUCACUUGCUUUCAUAUUUUCUCUUUAAUAUUUUUAUAUAAUGUAAAAUGUUUUUUAGUAGGCGGUAGUAGGGCUAUGCACAAUUUGUAUAUAAAGUUACGUUAGACGAAAAAGAAGCAACAAGCAGAAACAAAAACUAGACAACAACAAAUUUAUAAAACUCGUAAAUGCAAUAGAGCGCCAUAUGUAGAUUUAUUUAUAUAUAGCUAAAAAUAAUAACGAGUAAUCAGGAACAGAACAAUUUCAAAAGUAAUACUUAAUAUACAAGUAAACAUUGUGCCCUUUAAACAUAUAUAUAUUCGUAUAUAGAGGGCCCUAAAUAUAC